AUGCUUGCUCCAAACUAUGCUAUGCCAUCAAGAAAAACAGUAUCGAAUAAUUUACUUUUACAAGUGUAUAAUGACACUUUUCAAAAAGUUUCAAAAGAUUUGCAGGAUGCUACAUCAGUAGCAUUAACUACCGACGGUUGGACUUCAAUAAAUAACUCGAGUUUCAUAGCUAUAACAGUACAUUUUAUCAACUCAGAAACAAAAUUAUGUUCUCGACUCUUAGGUUGUAUUAAUUUUAAUGAAAAGCAUACAGCUAAUGAACUAUCCAACUUUUUAAAAAAAAUUGCUCAAGAAUGGAAAUUAGAAAACAAGAUAUCCGCUGUCGUAACAGAUAAUGCCUCUAAUAUUAAAGCAGCAAUUCGGUUAACAAAUUGGAGGCAUGUUCCAUGUUUUGCUCAUGUUUUAAAUAUAGGCAUACAAAAUGGACUCUUGCAGUUACAGCCAGUUCUGAAAAAAAUUAAAGAUAUUGUAGAAUAUUUUAAAAGAAGCUCAAGUGCUCUUUUAAAACUUAAUAAUAUACAAAAACAAACAGGAGUGGAAGUUUUAAAGCUUAUACAAGAGUGUAAAACACGUUGGAACUCAGCAUACAAUAUGAUGUCCAGAAUAUUAAAAAUUAAGGAACCAGUUCUCUCCACUUUAGCUAUCAUGAAUAAUGAAUUAAAUUGUAUAACCAAUCAAGAGUGGGAACUAAUUGAUUCAGCAUGCAAGUUACUUGCGGCAUCCAAUGAACACACAGUGACUGAAAUUGCAUCAACAAGUACUUCAGAUAUUUGGAAAAGUUUUGAUGAACAAGUUAGUUCACUUGUAGGUCAAAACAAUUCAUCUGUUGCAAGUGUAGUUGAAAUGGACAAAUACAUGAAUGAAUGUCUUCUCAGUCGUCACAUGGACCCAUUAAAGUGGUGGUCAGAACGGAAACAUAUUUACCCUCGGUUAUAUGAGAUGAUGAAGAGAAGAUUGUGUGUGCCAGCAACUGUGGUUCAGAUCGACAAUCGACAAGCAUUGGUAACCAAAGAUCCGUAA